UCAAGGAAGUCGCAAGCAUGGAGUCAACUGAGGGUUUCGUGAAGUAUCAGCUGGGCUUACCCCACAUGCACCACUUGAUCGCGGUGCUCUGUGUUGUUGCCGUUGUUUAUAAGUUGACAGUCUUGCUCGCCCAAAGAAGAGCUGUGAUGCAAAGUAUGGAAUUGUUUCCAGGACCACCGUCGCACUGGCUUUUUGGACAUCUAAUGGAGUUUAAACAGGAUGGGUCGGACUUGAAAAAGAUGGUGAAAUGGGGACAGCAGUACCCUUAUGCUUUCCAGAUGUGGUUUGGUCCCUUUGUUUGUUUCCUCAGCAUUCGCCAUACAGACUAUGUGAAAACUAUAUUGACAUCUACAGAGCCAAAAGAUACUGUGGCAUAUACUUUUGUUAAACCUUGGAUUGGUGAUGGCUUAUUGGUGUCUGGAGGUCAGAAGUGGUUUCGCCACAGAAGGCUCUUGAACCCAGGUUUCCAUUUUGAAGUUUUGAAACCCUACAUAAAUCUGAUGUCAGACUCUGUUAAAACCAUGCUGGCACGUUAAUGACAAGGAAAAUGCUUUUGUGUAAAGUGCUAUAAUAAGUAGUCAAUGGUGAAGUGAUGUGGAGGAAAUAUAGGCUUAGGCUUUCCAGAUGCUGCAGCUAUUUUAGGUCAAAGUUGUUCCAGCUAAGUGUGUUGAAGUUUUUUCCACGUCCUGCUGAGACCUCACAUCUGUUCUUUCACUGUUGCCAGGACAAAUGGGAGAGUUAUGCAAAAACCAAUGAGUCCUUUGAAUUGUUUAACCACGUGAGCUUUAUGACACUGGACAUCAUCAUGAAGUGU